GUUCACCUAGAACCCUCCAGUUCUUCUCACUCUCUCAGAAUGGGAAACAAAAGCUGGAAGAGUAGCCCUGUUUUCAUUUCUGAAGAAAUCUUAAUCGAAAUCCUGCUUAGACUGCCGGUGAAGUCCCUAAUUCGGUUUAGUUGUGUAUCCAAGUCCUGGCGUGAUGUGAUUCGCAGCUCGAGCUUUAUCACCAACCAUCUUAGUAAGAACAUGACAAGAUAUUCCAAUAGGUAUCUCAUUGCUAAUUACCCGGUUGACCCUUCGACAGUUGAACCAGACCUUUGCCAGUACAAUCUUUACUCUAGUGAAACAUUUGAGCAGUGCUUGAAGUUGGAACACCCCUUGUGGACGACAAUAGGUAGAUUCGAGCAGUGCUUGAGGUUGAAAUGCUCCUUGUCGACCGCAUCACGUUGUGUGAUUUAUGGUUCGAGUAAUGGGUUGCUUUGUAUCUCGGAUUCGGAUGUGGUGACGCAGAGUCCCAUAUGUAUAUGGAAUCCGUCUAUCAGGAAGUUUAGGAUUCUUCCUCAACCGACAUUGUUUCAUUUGGAUCAUUACUGUUUUGACACUGUUCUCUCUUUUGGGUUCCAUCCGGUGCUUAAGGACUAUAAGGUGGUAAUGCUGCAGUGUUUUGAUGUUGUCGAAGAGGGUGAUCUGGAUGUGAAGAUCGCUUUGGGAGUGCAGGUUUAUACUUUUAGUACAAACUCUUGGAAGAUGAAUGAAGUAAUGCGGUUGGACUGGGACUGGAAACCCUGUGCUAAAUGUGCAGUUUUGAAUGGGAUCUCGUAUUGGCUUGCUGAGGAAGUUAGCGCAGAAGCAUCCGUAUUUAGAAUUUUGUCAUUUGAUACAGGUAAUGAAGAAUUUGAACACUUUAGGGUGCCAGAGGCUAUUGCCAAUGUGGAUGGUGGUUUGUAUAUUGAAGUGUACAAGGAUUCGAUUUGCUUGCUAGAAGUGGAUUAUUGUUCAUGUGAAGAUGAUGAUGGAGGACAUAUAUAUGUAUGGCUUCUGCAAGAACAGACUUUCAACUUGUUGCAAACUAUUGUUCUUCCGAGUUCGGGUACUUGUAUCCCCUUGGGAUUUACUAUGGAUAAUCAACUUCUUGUGGAAGUGCUUGAGGAUGAUGACGACAACUAUCAGCUGGCUCUAUUUGUCCCCGAAUCCAAGCAGCUUCUUAGAACUCCAAUCUUAUUACCAGUGCACACUCGCAGUCAAGUGCACACUUACAAUGAAAGUUUGGUAUUACUCGACGAUGAGAGGUUAAUUAAUUGUUUAGACUCUAAAGAAUACUGUGAAGCCUUGUAUGGCUAGUUGUACUUGUAGGUAGACAUCUCCCUUCCUCAUCAUAGGCAGUUAACAAUACAAGGACUUUCAGGAAUAUACUUGUAAGAGUUCUGUAAUUUAUUAUGAAUGGAAGUUUGGUUCUGUGAGUAGUCCCUCUUCUUUUCAUUUCUUUUACUUAUUUUGGGUGCAGUC